UCUAACUCAACACUACCGCAAACGUUUUGUUUACUUCAUUUGUAUAUUGUUAUAAAUAAGUGAAGAGCAGAGGUAAAACCUUCAAAAAAUGUCGAACAUAACAGCCGCGGUGAUUGCCAACCGCAAUAAGAAGCAUUUUUUGGGAGUACCGGCACCGCUGGGCUACGUUGCCGGCGUGGGACGCGGUGCAACUGGCUUUACUACACGUUCUGAUAUUGGUCCUGCGCGCGACGCCAAUGAUGUUUCCGACGACCGUCACGCACCGCCUGCCACCAAGCGGAAGAAGAAGGAUGAGGAGGAAGAGGAGGAUGAGGAUUUGAAUGACUCCAAUUACGAUGAGUUUAGCGGCUACAGUGGCUCUCUGUUUUCCAAGGAUCCCUAUGACAAGGAUGAUGAAGAAGCGGAUGCCAUUUACGAUUCCAUAGAGAAACGGAUGGACGAGAAGCGUAAAGAAUAUCGCGAUCGUCGCUUGCGUGAGGAUCUGGAACGAUAUCGCCAGGAACGUCCGAAGAUUCAGCAGCAGUUUAGCGAUCUCAAGCGCUCCCUGGCCACAGUCACCUCGGAAGAAUGGUCCACUAUACCAGAAGUGGGGGACAGUCGUAAUCGCAAGCAACGUAAUCCGCGUGCUGAGAAGUUCACACCGCUGCCGGACAGUGUGCUCUCUCGUAAUCUGGGUGGCGAGACGACAUCCUCAUUGGAUGCAAGCUCAGGAUUGGCUUCCAUGGUUCCAGGCGUGGCCACGCCCGGCAUGUUGACGCCCACAGGAGAUUUGGAUUUACGUAAAAUUGGUCAGGCACGUAAUACGUUGAUGACUGUAAAACUUUCACAGGUCUCGGACUCUGUCUCGGGACAAACAGUGGUUGAUCCUAAAGGAUAUCUAACAGAUUUGCACAGCAUGAUACCCACAUAUGGCGGAGACAUCAAUGACAUUAAAAAGGCAAGAUUGCUGCUCAAGAGUGUGCGUGAAACGAAUCCCAAUCAUCCGCCUGCUUGGAUAGCUUCUGCGCGUUUGGAAGAGGUCACCGGAAAGGUACAAAUGGCGCGUAAUUUAAUAAUGCGUGGCUGCGAGAUGAAUCCGCAGUCAGAGGAUCUUUGGUUGGAGGCAGCUCGUCUGCAACCGCCCGAUACGGCUAAAGCAGUAAUUGCUCAGGCGGCUCGUCACAUUCCCACAUCGGUGCGAAUUUGGAUUAAGGCUGCUGACCUCGAGACGGAAACCAAAGCCAAGAGACGUGUCUUCCGCAAAGCACUAGAGCACAUACCCAAUUCAGUGCGUCUGUGGAAGGCGGCCGUGGAGCUGGAAAAUCCCGAUGAUGCUCGAAUUCUGCUCUCACGUGCUGUGGAAUGCUGCAAUACCAGUGUGGAAUUGUGGCUCGCUUUGGCUCGUCUCGAAACCUAUGAGAAUGCGCGAAAGGUGUUAAAUAAAGCACGUGAAAAUAUUCCUACAGAUCGACAGAUCUGGACAACAGCUGCCAAACUGGAGGAGGCCAAUGGCAACAUACACAUGGUCGAGAAGAUUGUCGAUCGUUCGCUAACAUCGCUCACAGCAAACGGAGUUGAAAUCAAUCGGGAUCAUUGGUUCCAGGAAGCUAUUGAAGCUGAGAAAUCUGGAGCUGUCAACUGUUGCCAGGCAAUUGUAAAGGCUAUCAUUGGAAUUGGCGUCGAGGAGGAGGAUCGCAAGCAAACCUGGAUCGAUGAUGCCGAAUUUUGUGCCAAGGAGAAUGCUUUCGAGUGCGCUCGAGCUGUCUACGCACAUGCUCUGCAGAUGUUCCCCUCGAAGAAGAGCAUUUGGUUACGUGCUGCAUACUUUGAGAAGAAUCAUGGAACACGCGAGUCUUUAGAGGCCUUGCUGCAGCGUGCUGUGGCACAUUGUCCUAAAUCGGAGAUUCUCUGGCUGAUGGGUGCCAAGUCGAAGUGGAUGGCAGGUGAUGUGCCAGCUGCCAGAGGGAUUCUCUCAUUGGCCUUUCAAGCAAAUCCCAAUUCCGAGGAUAUUUGGCUUGCUGCGGUCAAGCUGGAGUCGGAGAACUCGGAAUAUGAGCGGGCCAGACGUUUGCUGGCCAAGGCACGUGGAUCUGCUCCCACGCCGCGUGUAAUGAUGAAGUCAGCUCGUCUGGAAUGGGCGUUGGAACGUUUCGAUGAGGCACUGCGUCUGUUGGCAGAGGCAGUCGAGGUAUUUCCGGAAUUUCCUAAACUAUGGAUGAUGAAGGGCCAGAUUGAGGAGCAACAGCGACGUACGGAUGAUGCAGCCGCCACCUACACGUUGGCAUUGAAGAAGUGUCCGACUUCGAUACCCCUGUGGAUUCUGUCUGCUAAUUUGGAGGAACGCAAGGGCGUCCUAACCAAAGCACGUUCAAUAUUGGAACGAGGACGUCUUCGUAAUCCCAAGGUGGCAGUUCUCUGGCUGGAGGCUAUUCGAGUGGAGUUGCGAGCGGGUCUUAAGGAGAUUGCCAGCACAAUGAUGGCACGUGCUCUGCAGGAAUGUCCCAACGCUGGCGAGUUAUGGGCAGAGGCUAUUUUUAUGGAAACGAAACCACAGCGAAAGACCAAAUCUGUGGAUGCUCUCAAGAAAUGCGAGCACGAUCCGCACGUGCUGUUGGCGGUAUCUAAGCUGUUCUGGUCGGAGCACAAGUUCUCCAAAUGCAGAGACUGGUUUAAUCGAACGGUGAAAAUCGAUCCGGAUCUGGGCGAUGCUUGGGCAUAUUUCUACAAAUUUGAGCUGUUGCAUGGCACGGAGCAACAACAGCAGGAGGUGUUGGAACGUUGCAUAGCCGCAGAGCCGACUCACGGUGAAUCCUGGUGUAGUGUGAGCAAGUGCAUCCGAAAUUGGCAGUUUAAAACGCCAGAUGUGCUGCGUGCUGUAGUCCAAAAGUUGUCCAUACCCAUUUAAGCAUCAACAAUUAACAAUUAACAACUAUUAUUGUGUAUUCAAUAAAUAAUAAAUUGCCCGAUUACUGGCUCAUGCCUCUGUAA